UCAAUGGACAGUGGACACACAGCAUUUCAACGCCAAAAUAAUGACGCGUAACAUUUCUUAACACGUGAUUUUCAUUCAUUAAUGUCGUGUCUUUCGUUAUAGCUGGCUUAUUAGCUCGUUUUUAGUCGAUAUUUGUUACCCGGAACACCUGGAUUUUCACUUUGAGGGUGAGAGGGAUGGAAGCUCCUCACCUCACUGAAGAUGAAAUGGCAGAGAUUAAAAAAGACGUGCUGAUCCGGAUGCGGCACUACCUCUGCGACAAGAUCCGAGCAGAACGCCAUCUCGACUUCCUGCGCUCUCGCAGGAUCUUGACUCGGGAUGACGCGGAAGAAAUCAGCUGCAGGACCACACAGACCAAGAGGACGGCAAUGUUGCUGGACAUCCUUGCUGAGAACCCCCGCGGCCUUGAUGCCCUGAUUGAAUCCAUACGAGAGAUGCGUGCGCAAAACUUCAUCAUCACCAAGAUCACAGAUGAGGUGCAAAAGGUCAAAAAUGAGAAGCUUGAAUCUCUUAAAGCAGGGGCUUCCAGUUCCUCAUCUGACAACAGCAACCUCAGCUCUCCGAGCACAACCACCGACCUCUCCAGGACAUUUUCAAACGACUCCACCAUGCUCUUCCACCCAGAUGGAGAACGAAGCCCCUCCAAUUCAGACGCAGCAGCCUCUCUCAAUCUGCCAUCAUUACAGAAAGGUGGAGACUUAUCCUCCGUGGCUGGUAUUAGCCUCGCAGCUGCUUCAUCCACAACCUCCUCUAGCCUUCCCAGGCCUGGAGAUCCAGGAGCUCCUCCACUGCCAGAUGAAGUAAUGAUCGAACCCCCUGCCAACAUCGACACCGGGACACCUGGGUGCACCAGCAGUGGAGGGGACCCAAACUUCCAGCCCCUCCGGUCACGUUCUCUCACUCCCACCUCACACAGGAGCAUCUUUUAGGUUCACAUCACGAUAAGACAGUUCUCAUAAAGUUAAAGGGAUAAAGUCUUCAUCCACUGGACUCAACUCACAUUCAGACAAUUUCUCAUUACUCUGUUUACUGUUUUGCUGCCUUUUGAUUUGGAAAAUUGUAAAGAAAUGCUCCACAUGAGAUAAAAACUACAUGUUUUCCAUAUCAAUCAGCUCUUGAAGACAAACUACCCACAAUUAUUCGAUGGGGCUGGGUAUUGUUGGGUAUUUCCCCCCCUGCUGCCUACAUAAUAGCUGAGUUUCAGUACUGAAACCACUUUUGGAUAUCUUACUACCUUACUAUUUUUCUAUAAAUGUCCUUUUUUUACUUAACAAAAGAGUUAAAAUUCUCAAAAGUUAAAUUAUGGUUAAA